CUGGAAUCGUACCAUUCCAAUUGUGUUCGCUCACUAAGCAGACUCACUAAGCAGAGGAAAAUCGCUUCAACUGCCGAGCGGAAACUUCCGACCCAGUUCAGUUGCGUGUCGUCAUGCCGGGAUUUUCCCCAGACCGUAUUUGGGCAGUUGAUGUUGAUCAGCUUGGUUUCAAUUUUGUCUCAACAUUUUGCAAGGUGCUGGACAUUAGAAAUCAAUUAUACCAAUAACGGUAGUUGUAUUAGAUUUUAGUCGGGCGAAACUAGGAAAUGAAGAGUAGUUUUUUUCAUCGCCGCAAAAUACAUGCAUCUACCAGGGCGGAAUGCAUAUGUUGGCCACAACAGAAAUACAGCAUGCAAAGUACGGACAUGGAGUACUGGAACAAGGAAGAAGAAAACGCCCUGAUAAUAGCAGAAAUAAAGAGUUAUGGCCAACUGAAACUGCAGCAUGUCAAUUUCAAUCCAUUCUAAACUCCGACCAGCUCCCUUUUCAAGUUUCGGAAAUGCAAGCCCUUUUCCAGAAGCAAAUUGGUAAACAAACAGGUGUCGCAAAAGUUGCUCUCAAGCUGGGCGCCCGGAGGGAUUCGAUCUCCAUUCUAGCCGAAGUCAAUCGAAUGACGGCGCUUCCAGCGGGUCAAGCGCGCCCAAUCGGCCGAUCCAAGCGAUGCAUGCGACUGGAGCGGACCACUGAUGGAGCCUCGGGAUUUGCUAAGGUUUGGGGGCUUCCUGUAGGCGUCGCUGACUAUUGCAUGGGAACUUCCGCCAUGAUGUAA